GGUUAGCUUCUGCGCGGGACAGAACAUGGCGCUUAUUUAUUGCUGUGGAAUUUUUUGAUGUUAGUGACUGUUGUUCUUUUUGGGCUGCUUUUUGGCUUAUCCCAAUAGGUUUUCUUCCCCGUUCCUGUAUUUUAGCGAGGCUGAAUUGCCGCUACCACUCUUGCCACUAUGCCUCCAACAGGAAGCGGCGAGCAGCUUCGGGCUCGAGUCCAAUCUCUUAUCGACUCUAACCGAGUCGUCGUCUUCAGUAAAAGCUACUGUCCGUAUUGUGUCAAGGUAAAGGAUCUUUUCAAAACAUUAAAUGUGGAGAUUAAUUCAAUAGAGCUUGAUUUAAUGGAUGAGGGACCAAACUUCCAAGCUGUGUUGAUGGAGAUGACUGGCCAGAAAACAGUGCCCAAUGUAUUUGUCAAUAAAACACACAUUGGAGGUUGCGAUAAAACUAUGCAGGCUCAUGAUGAUGGAGUGCUUCAGAGACUCCUAGGGAUUUGCACUGAAUCCUAUGAUUAUGACCUCAUUGUUAUUGGGGGUGGUUCAGGUGGUCUUGCAUGUUCUAAGGAAGCUGCAUCAUUAGGAAAGAAAGUAAUGGUUCUGGAUUAUGUUGUUCCUACGCCAAAAGGAACUAAAUGGGGACUUGGAGGCACAUGUGUAAAUGUUGGAUGUAUUCCUAAAAAGCUCAUGCACCAAGCCGCCACCUUGGGGAUGUCACUUAAAGAUUCAAAAAAUUUUGGCUGGGAAUAUGAAGACAAAGUCACGCACAAUUGGUCAACAAUGAAAGAUGCCAUCUCAAAUUAUAUUGGUUCUUUGAAUUGGGGAUAUCGUGUAGAAUUAAGAAACAAGAACGUUGCUUAUUUGAACUCCUAUGCCGAAUUUGUAGAACCACAUAAAAUUAAGGCAACAAACGCACGAGGCAAGGAAAUUUUCCACACAGCAGCAACAUUUGUCCUUGCUACCGGGGAACGUCCAAGAUAUUUGGGUAUUCCAGGUGAUAAGGAGUACUGUAUUACCAGUGAUGAUUUGUUUUAUCUGUCAUACUGCCCUGGGAAGACGCUAGUUGUGGGGGCAUCUUAUGUCGCCCUUGAAUGUGCUGGUUUCCUGGCAGGCCUUGGUUUGGAUGUCACAGUAAUGGUCCGUUCCAUUCUUCUGAGAGGUUUUGACCAAGAAAUGGCAGAAAAGGCAGGCGCGUAUAUGGAAGAACAUGGUGUCAAGUUUAUCAGAAAAUUUGUGCCUAUAAAGGUUGAACAGCUAGAGGAAGGAACUCCUGGGAGGUUAAAAGUAACAGCAAAAUCUACAGAAAGUAAUGAGGUUAUAGAAGGCGAAUACAACACUGUUUUGAUAGCAGUUGGCCGUGAUGCUUGCACCAGAAAAAUUGGUCUUGAUAAAGUUGGGGUCCAAAUCAAUGAAAAGAAUGGUAAAAUUCCAGUAAAUGACGAGGAACAGACAAAUGUGCCAUAUAUUUAUGCCAUUGGCGAUAUCCUUGAUGGGAAACUGGAACUCACUCCUGUUGCAAUUCAAGCUGGAAAACUGCUUGCACGAAGGCUGUUUGGAGGGUCCUCUGUAAAGUGUGACUACAUAAAUGUUUGUACCACAGUCUUUACACCUUUGGAAUAUGGUUGUUGUGGUUUAUCGGAGGAGAAAGCCAUCGAGUUGUUUGGGGAGGAAAACAUAGAGGUAUAUCACAGUUUGUUUUGGCCUCUUGAAUAUACAGUUGCUGGCAGGGACCAUAAUAAGUGUUACUCCAAAAUUAUCUGCAACAAAAUGGAUAAUGAGCGUGUUGUGGGAUUUCAUUAUCUAGGCCCCAAUGCUGGUGAAGUUACCCAGGGAUAUGGUGCAGCCAUAAAAUGUGGGCUAACUAAAGAACUUCUUGAAACGACAAUUGGCAUUCACCCAACCUGUGCAGAGAUAUUUACAACAUUGUCUGUUACCAAGCGCUCUGGAGCUGAUAUCUCCCAAAGAGGUUGCUGAGGAUAGAUCCCUGCUGUGCCUAACGUCUGCCCACUCAGUAUCUAAUUUUUGCUUUGGCUUAUGACUGUCUAGAACUGCACCAGUAAGUUUCUCAGGUAAUUUUACACAACAAACAGAAUAUGCCUGCUAUUGAUGGAGCAGGGUUUUAUCAUACAUUUGGCCAAGCAAAAUUAGAAUGGCAUGUUACUGGGUAGACAGUUUAACAGCAGGGAUAUGUUUAUAAUCUUGGAUCCAACUUGUGCUUAGAAAUGCCAUCCUGGCAGUUUUUGACGUCUUAGCCCUGAACCAAUAAGUUGGUGGACUGGGACUGAUUACUUCUGAGCAACAUUUAGGAUUUCAGAUGCCUGUACCUCCUUCAGAAAUGACCUUAAAGACACAGAAAAAGAACAGACUUUUAUUAUGUCAUACAUUACAUUCUAAUCUGAAUUUCUUUUACUGUCAGUUUCUGUUCACCUUGUUUUGUUUCUGGUUGUGCUUUCAUUUGCCUAAUGUUUUCUGCAGCUUAUUAAUUCUUUUAACCAUAAGCACACUCCACUCUAGUCAAUAAUUUAGCAUCCUUACUGUACCCCUCUCAAUAAAGGAAUUUCCUUCAAAUACCUUUUUUAUUGGUUUAACUAUACAUGAAUUGUUAAGCUUGUUAAUUUUAUUUCCUCCAUUCUUUACUUUUUGUUAAUGUAUCAAGUCUGUUCACUUGCAACCUAUACAUAAGGAGGGUAAGCAGUGCUGUGUAGGUAAGCUCCAAAAAAGCAAAUCAGUUUUUUUGUGUCUUACCUCAGUGUUUGAAUGUAUAAUUAAUAAAUAUUUAUGAAUGUUUUGAAAGCUGAUACUGAAGGUAUUCUGGAAAGACUGUAAUUUUAUGUCCAUAUUUCUUCAUUUUUGUCUCAAUAAACAGUAUAUAUGCGUC